AUAAAAAACCACUCCUCUUUCAAAGUCUUUCAUCUUCUCUUCUCGGUUUAGCCCCCAUUGAAUCCUUGGGAGUUUGCGUUAUGAAUCUCAGCGCAGAUCUCAUGGGUUGGUUGAAGAGCCUGACUUUGAGGUACCCACCAAAUUUAUCAUCUAGUUCUCUGAUGAGAAACUAACCAGAUGCUUAGUUGAAUAGAGAUUUUUUUUUAGAAACAUGGCAAGUUUCUUGCUGGUUUCUAGAUCAAUUUCGUUCAUUGUUAUCUCGGUCGGAGGCAUAUUUUUGUCUAUCGUGGUUGCAUUUCUAUUUGUCAGCUACAAUCCAACUGGUUCCAAUCCCGGUACUAAUGGGUACUUCGUAGGCGUGGGCAACUCAAGCCAGACCUCUUUGGAUUCAAUAAACGGAGAUCAACCCGAGUUUUCGAACAAGUUGCCUGAAUUUUCUGAACAAGCCCAUGAGGUAGUUGGGGAUGAACAGUUCAGUUUUGGGGCUGAGGUGCCAGAUUCUAACGGUUCUCGUUCUGUAAAUGACAUCAAGGGGGCUAAUGUAUCAGCUUCAUCAGAGUUUAUCGAUGAUUCUAUGAAAAAUGGUUCCGAAACCGCUGGUUAUAUCGGGGCUCAGGUGCCAGCAUUUGCUCCAGAAUUAUCUGUUGAUGCUAGUACUUCUAUCGGCCAGGGCAAUAUAUCGAUUUCAUCCGUUCCCGUUAACGGUUCUGCAAAAAAUGAUUCUGGGAUUGUUAGUUAUAUUGGGGCUGAGGUGCCAGCAAUUGCUCCCACAUUAUCUUUGGAUGCUGACAGUCAUGUUUCUGUAAACGUUCGUGAUAGUAAGGAGCCCAAUGUCUCGAUUUCGUCUGCUCUCGAUGAUGAUUCUGGGAAAAAUGACUCUGGUAUUGGUGGUAGUACUGUUGAUUCUUUGCAUCAGACUGGUUCGGUCGCUGCUCUUCCUCCCCCUCCGUCGAAAGUUUCUAAGAAGACUAAGCUGAGACACUGCGAUCUCUACCACGGAAAAUGGGUCUAUGAUCCUACUGGACCUCUGUAUACAAAUAUCACUUGCCCUAUCAUAGCACAAUCACAAAACUGCCAGGGUAAUGGGAGACCCGAUAAGAACUAUGAGAACUGGAGAUGGAGACCAAACAAAUGUAAGAUUCCACGUUUUGAUGGAAGGAAAUUUUUGGAGCUGAUGAGGGGUAAAACUCUGGCUUUUGUUGGCGAUUCUCUUGCUCGGAAUCAGAUGGAAUCCCUUCUCUGCAUCCUGUGGCAGACAGAAGUCCCCAUCAACCACGGGAACCGUCAAAUGCACAAAUGGCACUUUCGAUCCACAUCCACCACCAUAAUCCGCAUCUGGUCAGCAGCUCGAACCCCCCUCCCCAUCCCUUCCUCAUCUCCACGCUCCGUCAACGUCCAUCUCGACACUCCCGACAAGUCCUUCAUCAACUUCCUCCCCGAAUUCGAUGUUCUCAUUCUCUCCUCCGGCCACUGGUUCAGCACCGAAACGACCUACCUCCUCAACAACACAAUAAAGAAAACGCGUAAAAAGAAGGACAUUUUUGGGUUUUAUGAUAUUGCAUUGCAAACAACCCUAAGUUACAUUCUUGAAUUUUCCAAUUAUACAGGGUUGGUAAUAUUGCGGUCUUAUUCACCCGAGCAUUAUACUAGUGGAGGAUGGAACUCGGGUGGGGGUUGUAGUGGAAUUGAUAAACCUGCGAGAAAAUCGAUCAGGAGUGGGUAUACGAAUUCUAUGGAGAAAGUGCAGGUUGUUAAAUUUGAGAAGGCUGCGAAAACUUUGAGGAAUGGUUUGAGGUUGAGAUUUAUGGAUGUUACGGAGCUGUCUGGUUAUCGAAAUGAUGGACAUGCUGGAAAGUAUGGUAGAAAGGUGAGGAUGAAAAAUGUAGCUGAGGAUUGUGUGCAUUGGUGCAUGCCAGGGAUUGUGGAUAUUUGGAAUGAGGUUUUGUUUGAGAUGUUAAAGAGAGAAUUCUGAUAGCAUAGAGCACUUGCAGGAAUUUGAUGAUUAGGGAAGACAUAGAGUAACAUUGCACGUUCACAUAUUUGCUACACAUCGGCAUCAACCAUUAAGUGGGCAGUUCCUUUUGAUUAAUUUUAUUUUUUCCAUGUUUAUCUCAUGAUUUAUUUUGUUUUAUUUAUUUAUUUAUUUAUUUUGGUUGUAAGUUACAUUUCAUCAAGUAGUCAAUUCCAAAAAAUUGGGAUAAAAUUUGUUAUUGUUGCUAUAUAUUUGUAUAGAACCUUGUAAUCGAUCCCAAAAUUUAGAAUAAAGA